GGCUGCUGAAAGGAGGACCAGUAUGGGUGUCCAGAGAAGGAGCUUCCUCCAUGUGCUUGUACUGAGUGUUCUGCUGGCUGUGGAGGCCAUAGAAGGAUCCAGGAAUCAGGACUGGCUUGGUGUCUCAAGGCAGCUUGUAACUAAAGCCUGGAACAGACAGCUGUACCCUGAGUGGACAGAGGUGCAGGGAUCUAACUGCUGGAGAGGUGGUCAGGUGUCUCUGAAGGUCAGCAAUGAUGGACCUACACUGGUUGGUGCUAAUGCCUCCUUUUCCAUUGCCCUGCACUUCCCUGGAAGUCAAAAGGUACUGCCAGAUGGUCAGGUUAUCUGGGCCAACAACUCCAUCAUCAAUGGGAGCCAGGUGUGGGGAGGACAGCCAGUAUAUCCACAGGAACCUGAUGAUGCCUGCGUCUUCCCUGAUGGUGGACCCUGCCCAUCUGGUCCUAAGCCUCCAAGAAGAAGCUUUGUUUAUGUUUGGAAGACCUGGGGACAAUACUGGCAAGUUCUGGGGGGCCCAGUGUCCAGGCUGAGCAUUGCAACGGGCCAUGCAAGGCUGGGCACACACACCAUGGAAGUGACUGUCUACCACCGACGGGGGUCCCAGAGCUAUGUGCCCCUUGCUCACUCCAGUUCAACCUUCACCAUUACUGACCAGGUACCCUUCUCCGUGAGUGUGUCCCAGCUACAGGCCUUGGAUGGAGAGAACAAGCACUUCUUGAGAAAUCAUCCUCUCAUGUUUGCCCUUCAGCUCCACGAUCCCAGUGGCUAUCUGGCUGAGGCCGACCUCUCCUACACGUGGGACUUUGGAGACAGUACAGGGACCCUGAUCUCUCGGGCACUUGAUGUCACUCACACUUAUCUGGAGUCGGGCUCAGUCACUGCCCAGGUGGUACUGCAGGCUGCCAUUCCUCUUGUUUCCUGUGGUUCUUCCCCAGUCCCAGGUACCACAGACGGCUACAUGCCAACUGAAGAAGCACCUGGAACCACAUCUAGGCAAGGGACCACUACAAAAGUUGUGGGUACCACACCUGGCCAGAUGCCAACUACACAGCCCUCUGGAACCACAGUUGUACAAAUGCCAACCACAGAGGUCACAGCUACUACCUCUGAGCAGAUGCUGACUUCAGUGGUCAUAGAUACCACACUGGCAGAGAUGUCAACUAUAGAGGGUACAGGUACCACACCCUCAAGGCUCUCUGGAACCACAGUUGCACAAGCAACAACCACAGACGGUCCAUAUGCCAGCACAUUGCUACCCACACAAAGUUCUACGGGGUCCAUUAGCCCUCUACUGGAUGACACAGACACCAUAAUGCUUGUGAAGCGACAAGUUCCUCUGGAUUGUGUUCUAUAUCGAUAUGGUUCUUUUUCCCUCACCCUGGACAUUGUCCAGGGUAUUGAAAAUGCUGAGAUCCUGCAGGCUGUGCCAUCCAGUGAGGGGGAUGCAUUUGAGCUGACUGUGUCCUGCCAAGGCGGGUUACCCAAGGAAGCCUGUAUGGACAUUUCAUCACCAGGGUGCCAGCCCCCUGCCCAGAGGCUGUGCCAGUCUGUGCCACCAAGCCCAGACUGCCAGCUGGUUCUACACCAAAUACUGAAAGGUGGCUCAGGGACUUACUGCCUCAAUGUGUCUUUGGCUGAUGCCAACAGCCUGGCAGUGGCCAGCACCCAACUUGUUGUUCCUGGUCAAGAAGGUGGCCUUGGGCAGGCUCCCUUGCUUGCAGGUGUCUUACUGGUGCUGGUGGCUGUAGUCCUUGCCUCUCUGAUAUAUAGGUAUAGACUUAAGAAGCAGGGCUCAGUUUCCCAAAUGCCGCAUGGCAGCACUCACUGGCUGCGCCUGCCUCCAGUCUUCCGUGCUCGCCGCCUUGGUGAAAACAGUCCGCUCCUCAGCGGGCAGCAGGUCUGAGCAUUCCUCAGGUCUGAGCUGUGGACUUCCUGGGGUUGACAGCAGUGCCUGUAUUUUCCCUUCGAGACUACCAAUAUCUGAAAUAAAUUCUCAGAACCUUC